UUUCUACACAGGCUGGAGGACGGGAGUUGAAUGAUUGGCAAGAGGAGCCCUUGGCACUACAGAGGGAUCUGAAAGACGUGUGCGCCUGCCACACACAGAAGCCCAGCAAUGAGUGAGAACCCAACCACCAACCUCAGCACUGGAGAUGCUCCAACUGGUCCCACUACACCACGCAAGGGGCCUCCCAAGUUCAAGCAGAGACAGACAAGGCAGUUCAAGAGCAAGCCUCCUAAAAAAGGAGUAAAAGGAUUUGGAGAUGACAUCCCAGGCAUGGAGGGACUGGGCACAGAUAUCACAGUGAUUUGCCCAUGGGAAGCUUUCAGCCAUCUGGAACUGCAUGAGCUGGCCCAGUUUGGGAUCAUCUAAGGUGCCAGCAUCUCUACUGGUGUCAGCUGGUGACUCCGCCGAUCCCAGCAUGGUCUUCAUCACCUUUGACAUUUAUUUUUGGCCCUUACAUCCACCUGCUCAUGGGCAGGGUGGUUUUGUAAGAGCUAUUUAUGAGAAAGUCCUUUGCAGAUUAAUUUGGCAAAGAAGUUAUUCAGGACCCUGAACAGACCUCAUGCUCAAUGUGAUGAAACUACUGAAAAAUGUCUUAAUGCCUCCCUGCACCAUAUCCUGUCUUCUCCCACUGUCAUAGAUCUUCAUGUGUAUGGAGAUAAGGGAAGGCUGUAUUUGAACUCUUCCCCUGGUUAACGUUUCCCCUGGUUAGCUGAGAUACUGUGUGCAUGGCUGUGCAUGUAUGUCCAGACCUACUUAUAUCAAGCCCAUUCUUUUCUCUUCCUUCCCUCCCUGACAGUUUUCUAUAUAGGAUUUCCGUGGGUAUGUCCCCAUGUUAUCUGGGCCACCAAUUAGUUGCUGAGAGUAUGUCUGUAG